AUGCACUCCAAAAUUUGUAUUGUCCUGCUGGUCGGUUUGGCUGUUGCUAAUGCGGCUGUUCUGCCAGUUCAUCACCACGACUACGAAGAUCAUCACAGCCCGGUCGAGUAUCACUUCGCCUACGAAGUGCACGAUGACCACACCGGCGAUGUCAAGAGCCAGCACGAGGAACGCCACGGUGACAAAGUAACGGGCCAGUACUCUCUUGUCGAUGCGGACGGCUAUCGGCGUGUUGUGGACUACUCCUCGGACAAACACACCGGCUUCGUGGCCAAGGUGCACCGUGAGCCUGUGAAGGGUCACCAUGUGGUGGUUGCUGCGCCGAAGAAAACUCACCUCGUCCCGGCGGUGCACUACGUGAAAACGGUUGCCGUGUCCCCGGUGGUACAUCAUGUCGUGCCUCAUGUGCAUCAUGUCGAAGCUGUGCACCACGUUGAACCAGUGCACCAUGUGGAGCUGCAUCACGCCGUGCCGCAGGUGCAUGUCCUCAAGCCGGUGGUUCAUCUGAAGGAGAAGCACAAUGCUCACUCGCACACUAGCUUCAAGAGUGGCAACGUGAGCUACCAGUACUAA